UCCGCCUCACCCAUCUGCGUAUCCACAUGGACGAGUUUCAGUUUCCAGGGGAACGGAUCCUAUUUUCCUCUUCUGUCAAUCCACAGCAAGCAACAAUCUGGAUGUUUGUCGAGUAACGCAGGUCAUCGGUGGCUGGCCUUCCCGCCUUGGCAACCCAUGUGCCAAUCCGCCGUCUACCAGAUGUCCGGGGCAAGCACAAAGUAUGUACCUGCACGGAGAUGGGGGUGCAAGAAUCGAGUAGGAGACGUUCGAACCAGAGCCAUUUUCCUUGACUCGGCGCGGUGUUUAGUCGGGCGCCAGGGCGAAGUUUCUUAUUUAAACACAGCAAGAGGAAAAGCUGGCAGGACGGUUGCAUCAUAGGCACCUCGACGUCUGGAUAGCAGGCGUGGGUGGGAUCGGGGGAUGUUACUAAGAUUAACUAGCAUCCGUCUUCCUUGCCAUCAACUCUCCCUCAACCAACGCAACCCUCGACCCUCUUGUCCCGGAGUUUGACGUGCUGCACCACCACACACGCUUGCAUAUACAUUCGCCAUUUUUUGCUGUUUGCGCCCAAACAAACCAUCGUCGCUCCUCCCUCGGGCCUCGUCUUACUCUCACUCUCCCUCUCCCUCCCACGCGCGGUGUGGCGUUCGACAGCCACCUUCUGAUCUGAGCGCUCGCAACGCACCCCGCCAACCCGCUGCCAGGAUAGCCCUCACUCAACCGAGUGCGACACGGCGGCUUGCUUCUCAUCUUGCCUUGAUACCAUCAUCCAUCUUGAUUCCCCCCCUCGCCUCUUGUCCCUCCCUCCCGCCUCCCUGCCGUUCGCACAAGAGACGAAAGAAAGUAAAGGAAAAAAUUGCUACAGAAUAAAGCCCCGAGGACCAGCCAGCCACCCCAUGAACCCCUCGCGCUGAAGCGCCUGACCGACCCGCCCCGACCGCAUUGUCUCGUCACUCUCUGCUCUCCCCGGCAAGCCCCUCCCGCCUUGUUGUGCUCUAUACAGUGCAGUGUGGCCAGUGUGUGUUGUGCUCCGCCCGCUCUGCUCUGCUCUGCUCUGCUCUGCUCUUCUGCGCCCCUCCCUCUGCCCUCCUCUGCCCGACCAGCCUGCGCUUGCGGCGGCCAAGCCAAACGACACGAUGAACGGCAACGACAUCAAAAAAGCAGCAAUUAACAAGGCCAAGCAAGUUGCGCAGGCGGCGAACGGGAACGGCAACAAGAAGCGCAAAGCCAAUCUGAAGCCUAUAAUUACCACCGAAGGCCAGUCCGCCUCGGACAGUUCCUUCAUCUACAAUGUCCAGCAAUCCAACCCGCAAACCGCCGCCAACUCCAGCAUGUACGCGAACCAAAUGAGCCAUUCGCCUUCCAGUUCCUCGUCCUCGGUCGAUGAAGCCGACAACACCGCCGACGAGGAGGAUUCCGAAGACUAUUGCAAAGGCGGUUACCAUCCGGUGCAGGUCGGUGAGGAAUACAAGGACGGGAAAUACACAGUAGUGCGCAAGCUGGGCUGGGGUCAUUUCUCAACCGUCUGGCUGUCCCGGGACAACAACACCGGCAAACAUGUCGCUCUCAAGGUGGUUCGCUCCGCCGCACACUACACAGAGACGGCCCUCGACGAAAUCAAACUGCUCAAGAAGGUCGUCGAUGCCAACAAAGACCACCCGGGCCGCGCACACGUCGUCAGUCUCCUCGACUCCUUCAACCACAAAGGACCCAAUGGCGUCCACGUCUGCAUGGUGUUUGAAGUCUUGGGAGAAAAUCUGUUGGGAUUGAUUAAGCGUUGGAACCAUCGCGGCAUACCCACACCUCUCGUCAAGCAAAUCACGAAGCAAGUCUUGCUGGGUCUCGACUACCUUCACCGCGAAUGCGGCAUUAUUCACACCGAUCUGAAGCCCGAAAAUGUCCUCAUCGAGAUUGGGGACGUGGAACAGAUUGUCAAGGCAUACGUCAAGGACGACACAAAGAAGGAAGGCGAGCGGCCCAGCGGUCGAAGGAGACGAAGGACUUUGAUCACCGGAAGUCAACCGCUCCCCAGCCCGCUCAAUGCCAGCUUCAACCACUCCGACAUUGGUUUCUUCCCCGGCAACGCACAAAGCCUCAACAAGGUUGUCAACGACGCCAAAGGCACUUCCUCGCCAUCAACCACCCUAUCCAUGACCGAACGACUGGGAAUCAAGCAAGGCGCUACCGAAGAAGAAGUGCAGAAGACGCGGGAAAAGACUGCUGAUCUAUUGACCAAAGAAGUUUCGGGGAUCAGUCUGGACAAGUCAAAUAAUGCUUCGACCACAUCCGUGACGACAGGCGAGAAGACAACAGAAGAUGUCGCAUUCGAAAAGAUUUCGGUCAAGAUAGCCGAUCUUGGAAACGCCUGCUGGGUUUCGCACCACUUCACCAAUGACAUUCAAACUCGACAGUACAGAUCCCCCGAAGUGAUCCUUGGGGGUAAAUGGGGUGCGAGUACAGAUGUUUGGAGCAUGGCUGCAAUGGUAUUUGAAUUGAUAACAGGCGACUACCUGUUUGACCCUCAAUCCGGCACCAAGUACGGUAAGGACGACGAUCACAUUGCACAAAUCAUCGAACUCCUGGGCGCAUUCCCCAAAUCACUCUGCAUGGCAGGCAAAUGGUCGCAAGAGAUCUUCAACCGCAAAGGCGAGCUACGCAACAUCCACCGGUUACGCCACUGGGCACUGCCCGACGUCCUGCACGAAAAGUACCACUUCAGCGCGGAGGAAAGCAAGCGAAUCGCCGAUUUCCUGCUGCCGAUGCUGCAACUCUUACCCGUGGACCGCGCCAAUGCGGGCGGUAUGACGGGGCAUGAGUUCCUCAAAGAUACCAAGGGCAUGGAGAACGUUUCGCUGGGAAUUCCAGUGGGAACGAAAGGCGAUAGUAUCGAGGGGUGGUCAACAGAAGUGAAGAAGACGCGAUAG